AUGGCCGAGGGCAAGUGUCCCGUAGUGCACAAUGUCGCCGGCAACGGCACACGCAACCGCGACUGGUGGCCGGCCCAGCUGCGUCUCGGCAUCCUACGCCAGCACACGGACGCUUCUAAUCCGCUCGACAAGGACGUCGACUACGCCAAGCUGUUCCAGAGCCUCGACUACGCGGCCCUCAAGAAGGACAUCAACGCCGUGCUGACAAACUCGCAGCCGUGGUGGCCAGCCGAUUUUGGCAACUACGGCGGCCUCUUCAUCCGCAUGGCCUGGCACAGCGCCGGCACCUACCGUGUCACCGACGGUCGUGGCGGCGGCGGCCAGGGCCAGCAGCGCUUUGCCCCCCUCAACAGCUGGCCGGACAACGUCAGUCUCGACAAGGCCCGCCGGCUGUUGUGGCCAGUCAAGCAGAAGUACGGCCAGAAGAUCUCGUGGGCCGACCUGAUCCUGCUGACCGGCAACGUCGCUCUCGAGAACAUGGGCUUCAAGACCUUUGGCUUUGCUGGCGGCCGUGCCGACACCUGGGAGGCCGACGAGGCUACGUACUGGGGCGGCGAGACUACCUGGAUGGCCAACGACGUGCGCUAUGCCGCCGUCAGCGACAGCAAAGACCCCCAUGAGCAUGCUGGCGGGCUCGAGGAGCCCAUUGCUGCGUCCCACAUGGGCCUGAUCUACGUCAACCCCGAGGGCCCUAACGCGGUGCCGGAUCCGCUGGCUGCAGCUCAUGACAUCCGCGUCACCUUUGGCCGCAUGGCCAUGAACGACGAGGAGACCGUGGCGCUCAUCGCCGGCGGUCACACCUUUGGCAAGACCCACGGCGCCGGCGGCGGCGAUCUACAGGGCCCCGAGCCUGAAGCAGCCGGGCUUGAAGAGCAGGGCCUCGGCUGGCGCGGCAAGCUGGGCACGGGUGCCGGUCCGCACGCCAUCACGAGCGGACUCGAGGUCACCUGGACGUCGGAGCCGACCAAGUGGACGAACAAGUUCUUCGAGUACCUUUUCGGCUUCGAGUGGGAACUGGAGAAGAGCCCGGGUGGCGCCAACCAGUGGGUGGCCAAGAACGGUGGCGAGAUCAUCCCAGACGCCUUUGACAAGAGCAAGAAGCACCGGCCGCGCAUGCUGACGACGGAUCUGGCACUGCGCUUUGACCCGGCCUACGAGAAGAUUGCGCGACACUUCAAAGACCACCCAGACGAGUUCGCCGACGCCUUUGGCCGCGCUUGGUUCAAGCUGCUGCACCGCGAUCUGGGCCCGCGCACGCGCUACAUCGGUCCCGAAGUGCCCAAGGAGGUGCUGCUGUGGCAAGACCCGAUCCCGGAAGUGACCCACACACUGAUCGACAGUGCCGACAUUGCUGCGCUGAAGCAGGCCAUCCUGGGCUCUGGCGUCGAGCCGGCCAAGUUCAUCCGUACCGCCUGGGCGUCGGCCUCGACGUUCCGCGGCAGUGACCGGCGCGGUGGAGCCAACGGUGCCCGCAUUCGCCUACUGCCCCAGCGCAACUGGGUGGCCAACAAUCCGGCCCAGCUGGCUGAGGUGCUAGCCGUGCUGGAGAAGAUUCAGGCCCAGUUCAACACGGCCCAGCAGAGCACCGACAAGCAGGUGUCGGUGGCCGACCUGAUCGUGCUGGCCGGUGCUGCGGCCAUCGAAAAGGCCGCCCAUGCGGCCGGCUACACGUCUGUCAAGGUGCCCUUCUCGCCGGGUCGCGGCGAUGCCACGCAGGAGCAGACGGACAUUGAGUCGGUCGGCUACCUCGAGCCGGUGGCCGAUGCGUUCCGCAACUACGGCAAGUCGACGGCUCGUGCACGUGCCGAGGAGCUGCUCAUCGACCGCGCGCAGCUGCUGACGUUGUCCGCACCCGAGUUGACGGUGCUGCUCGGCGGCCUGCGCGCGCUCAACGCCAACUUUGACGGCUCGGCGAUCGGUGUGCUGACUAAGCGGCCGGGCGUGCUGACCAACGACUUUUUUGUCAACCUGUUGGACAUGGCCACAGUCUGGAAGCCAGCCGGCAGCGGCGCCGACGCGGACGAGUUCUUUGUCGGCAGCGACCGUGCCACGGGCACGCCGCGCUGGAAGGCGUCGCGCGUCGACCUCAUCUUCGGCUCGCACGCCGAGCUGCGCGCUAUCGCCGAAGUGUACGCCAGCGCCGAUGCGGGCGAGAAGUUUGUGCGCGACUUUGUCGCCGCCUGGACCAAGGUCGCCAAUGCGGACCGUUUCGACCUAACGCCCCAUUGA